AUCUAAUAACUUCUACUUGGCUAUGUUGCUGUUUAUGUUGUUCUUGUGCAUGUUACCAACAAUUUUUGCUAUUGCCCGAUAUAAACCAUCUUUAAGCUGUGGUCCAUUUAGUGGACAAGAGAAAAUAUAUGAUAUUGUGUCUGAAACAAUUAAAGCAGAUUUUCCUGUAUGGUUCAACACAGUGAUUAAUUAUAUCAGCAGCCCUGUAGUUGUCCUCCCUGCCUUAUUACUUCUAUUCAUGCUAAUUUAUUACCUGCAGAGUAUUGCAAGGUCAUUAAAAUUCACCAACAGGCAACUGAGAAUGCAGAUCCAAACUGAAAGAACCGAAGACAAGAAAAAGGUGGUUCACAUAGCAGUAGCUAGUAUCCAGAAUCUAGAGGGAAAUGACAAAAGACCAGAGCAGGAGAAUGACCUCACCAAUCAGGAGUCCUCAACUCGGUCAUCAACACCCCGUAAGAAUGGCAGCGUCUUGAAUUUUGAAUCUCCAGUGACCAAAGGCAGCAGAAUACAAACAAUCUCACAAUCUGUACCCCAAGCUGAUGUUGCUAGGCCAGCAAAUAUAACUCCAACAACUUUAACACCAACUCCCUCUGUUCCUAGCAUACAGAAGCGUAGAACUGAGCAGGUUGCAAACAGGUAUUCAAGUGUUGUACAUGGAAGUGCAAGUGAGCUCUGUAAAACAAAGCCCUACACUCCUGUGACUUUCAAAAAGCGUGUUGAAGAUGUUCAUUCUGAGCCUCUCUUUCGGAAAGGUAUCCAACAAGUAAAUCCAGACACUCUUGGGGCAGGAGCUCCAGCUUUUGUGGGACGCAAAGUGCCCACCACAAGGUAUUUUAUUGUUAACGAACAUGAAUCCCGCAAAAAGCUUCUCCGUUCCACUUCCCGGCUCCCAAGGCAUUUCAGAAUGGAGGAGUCAGGAGACAUAGUUGAAUUAUAUCCAAGGAACGUCAGAAGAUAUGUGGUUCGAACGCCACACAGGACAUACUCCCCUCACUUCAGUGAAGAGGAGGAGGAGGAAUUAAGGAGAGACUUGAUAAACAGAUCCUACCGUCCACGCUCACUCUCAGAUCUUCGCCCAGGUCCCCGAUUUUACAUUGGUGAACGUGUGGACAGUCAAAUCCUUACUGGCAAGGAUCUAGCCAAAGUGCACUACAAAUCCUGGGAUGAUGGCUUUGAGCUAGAACGAGAGAGGCCCCCACAUUCCCACAAAAAGUCACACAUGAAACAUGUGGAUCUUGAUCAGCCCUAUCCAGAGCAUCAUGUGAAACCUAAAUCAAAGCAUAAGCUCGAACAAUCUCUAACAGAGUCGGAUUCCAUUUCCAUUGGAUCCAGCAGCGAUCAGCAAACCAGCAGCAAUGAUCAAUACAUCCAAGUCAUUCAUAAUAAGGAGAAAUAUCUGAAAUCUGGGGCAAAGUUUACCAGAAAGAAACCAAAGGCUAGCGUUGACCUAAACAUGUCUGAAUCUAAUGAACUGAUAUGUUCAAAUGUCUAGGAAAAUGCUCCCUCUGUUUUGUGUUAUGAACAUAUGUAUUUGUAGAGACCUUUCAGCUGCCAUUUGAACCAGAGAGGACCAUUGAAAUAUAUCAGAGGGGUAGCCGUGUUAGUCUGGAUCUGUAAAAAGCAACAAAGAGUCCU